AUGCAGGGCCCUUUUGAAGAUAAGGAAGCUCUAGCUGACAUCUUUACUUAAGUAAAAGAUGUAGAUGAACAACUAUUUGGUGUCAUAUUAGAAAUAUUAAGAAAGGAGAAAGUUAAAGAUUGCAUUGGAUUUUUGUCAGAUAAUGGGAAUCAGAAACAAUUAGAAUCUUAAAUGUUAAAACAAGGGAAUUUCACCUAAGCUGAUACAGAAUAGAAAUUGUCUGUAGUUAGAAAAGACAUGAUAUAAAUUACAGAUGUCUUAAAAAAAUUAAAAGAUCAUGACUUCAAUAACAAAGACUUUUCAACUGAAGAAAAUUAUGAAUCUACCCUAGAUCUAAUUAAAAUAAUAAAGGAUGAGAGAUAGGCCAUAAAAUUCCUGAUAUUUUUAGUUCACCUCACAGCAAUAGAUGAGCGAUUCAUCCGAUGUGGAUCAAAUUCACUAUACUUAUUAGUUGAAAUGAAGGCAGAUUUGACAAAAAAGAAUUUUGAAAAUAUAAAGAUUUCAAACACUUAGUUGAUUGGAGCUAAUUUUGUAAGAUGUAAUUUGAAUGGAUCUCAUUUUGAAAAUGUAGAUAUAAGUGGAAUGAACUUAAGUGGUGCCUAAUUGUUUUAUUGCAAAUGGAAAAAUAUUAAAAUUAAUGAAUUAAAUAUUUUUGAUUGUCAGGAGGGAAGUGUCAAAUCUAUAUGUUUUUCUCCUGAUUGCAGUACAAUAGCAUUAUGUUGUAAGGACAAGUCUAUCCUUUUAUAGGAUAUAAAAACAGGAAAAGAAAAAUUUAAGUUUGAUAAUCAUAGUGAUUGGGUNUGUGGAAUUUUUAUAAGCAUACGAAAUUAAUACUGUAAGGUUUUGGAUGUGGGAUAUUGA